AUGGCUGGCCUCCGUGCGUUCUGCUGGCACCCCCACGCCCUCCUUCUCUGUGCGGCCACCCCCGAAGAAGCUCCCAAUAUCCCCGGAGAAGUCCCUGUGCUUUGCGAGUCCCCCUUCCACCUUACACUGCAGCAUCUUUUGAGUAGGCUCGAUGUUCUGCAGAACUCGUCAUACAUCUCCAUGGGCCGGAGAAGCGCAAAGAACUCAAAGAAUGCUGCGGUGAGUGAUCCGCCCGCUGUCCAGCAUGCCUGGCACAAGAUUUUGCAGGCCAUCGCUACCAGACCCUUUCUGCUUGACCAUAUUGCGCGCUGUCUCUUCCCGGACAGCCGCAAUCUGGUCACAGAAAACCUAUGGGAGCUGGCCAACAAAUACCUACCCGUGCCUCCGUCCCCACACUGUGAUAUCUUCUCCGACUUUCUGGGCCAGUGCUCCCGCUCUGGCGGAUGCGUGCCCAAGGAAGUCGGGAAAGCUGCCGCAGACUUCCGCGCUGCAAGGGCCCAAUACCAGAGGCUGCGGAAGUCGGUGGUGCACCAGUGCCGCUUGGACAUUACGGGGAGCUCCGAUGCGGACGUGCAGAAGCGUAGCGCGUUCCUGGCGAAGUGCAAGCGGGUCACAGUGGAGAAGCAUGCUACUCCCUAUCCGCCGCCUCAGCAUUGGGUGGCAGAGGGUCCCAAGGCGUACUUCAAAUGGAAGACGUGGUGUAGCAGUCAUAAGCUGCACGACAAGCGCGAGGGGCAUUGGCCAGUCCACCGCUUAUGCAAGGACAAGCUCGCCUAUGUUGCGGAGGCCGACGAGAGUGUUCUAUUCUAUGACCCGGAUGGAAACCUUGUCGGCUUCGUGAUAC